UCAUUUGUUCAGCGACCUUCUCUCGUUUAUACCCGUAACGUAGAGUGCUGUGGACCUACAGGCACGAAAUAACAAAACGUGGUCGGUUUUCAGUCGUUUUCUGUGCCGCAAUCGAAGAUAUUGACUAUUAGAGGAAGUACAAUUAAUUAAAUAUGAAUUAUUGUGUGAUUCGCAGAAGAAAAUAUAUAUUUAUAUUUGUUAAUUACGUUAAUACGUCCAUUUAAUUCAUAAAAUUUCUCAUUUUCUGCAUUUCUUCGGUAAAUUAUUUCGCGAUGAAGAGCUGGAAGAACGCGGUUUUCGUGUUAUUCUUCUUGUUUUUAAUUAUUUCGGUGAAACUUUCGGACAGUUUAAGAUGUGAAAAAAUAAGUACAGCUCUGUGCCAGAAUUUGGGAUAUAAUUCGACGCUGAUGCCGAAUUUUAUGGGCCACGGAAAUCAAAAGGACGCCGAUGUUGCGCUCCGAUCCUACGAGCCGUUCUUGAACCACAAGUGUUCGAAGAACAUCCGCCUUUUCAUCUGUUCCGUGUUUGUCCCGAUGUGCUCGGAACAUGUUCCGGAACCGAUCCAAGCGUGCAGGGCACUUUGCGAACAGGUCAAAAACGAUUGUUCAGAUUCCCUGAAGAAACUUGGACUAGACUGGCCCCAGGAAUUAAACUGUUCCAGUUUUCCCGAACCACCAACAGAGCUAUGCAUGCAACAACCUGAGGAUAAUGAAAUAGUGCAUGGUAACUACUUCAAUCCCGAAGAUAUAGACAAUUUGAACGUUCAUAACUGUCCGCCAAACACUACUCCCUUUGGCCAUAAAUGUGUACCUUUGUGCAAGCAAGAUCAGCAAGAUUUCCGAAAAUCAGAAGCAGAAACUUUUGAGAUUUGGGUGGCGGUAUGGUCAAUUAUUUGUUUGAUGUUUACAAUAUUUGCCUUAAUAACGUUUAUGAUUCAGCCGAAAAGAUUUCGAUGGCCUGCCAGGCCAAUUCUGUACCUUACCUCGUGUGGAUUUGUAACCUGUACCAUUUACCUUAUAAGGUGGAUAGAAGGACCAUAUACUUGUGCAGGUGUCUCGCUAUUGGAGAAACCAGCGGAAAGUCUCUCUUGCGUAGGAAUAUCUCUAAUAUUACUCUUCUGUGAUUUGGCCUAUUCGCUGUGGUGGUGCAUUUUUUGUUUUGUGUGGUUCCUCAGUGCCAUGAAAGAGUGGUCUACAGAGGCUAUCGAGAAAAUAUCCACCCGGUUGCAUACUACUGUAUGGAUUUUUUCAGCGAUACCCAUGUUUUACAUUUUAAUGUCUAACAAUAUUAACAUAAAUUACCUUUCUGGAUUUUGUGAGGUGAAAACACUAGCCUUAGUGCUUUUUCAAUUAUUUUUCAUGUUGGUAAGCUGUGCCUUAGCAAUCUUGAUGCUGAUAGCUUUAAGAAAUGUAAGAAACACUUUACUCUUAGCUGGUAGAUCCCCAGAAAAGCUGGAAAGAUUGUUUUAUAGAUUACUUAUAAUUAGUUUAGGUAUAUUCAUACCACAUUUUUUAUAUUUGAUUUGUCAGUUUUAUGACACAUUCACGAUGGCUUUAUUUAAGUUAGUUUUAAGGAAAAUCAGUAUUAUUUUUUCAACUCUUUGGGUUUAUUCUCCUAAAACUUUCGAAAUGUGGAAUGAUUUAAUUUGCUUUUGCAGACGUAAACGUAAAAAUGAAGUAACAAAAGAGGGCAGUAUCUUUUGCUCACAGCUUUUUCCAAAUUUGUUUCGAAACAGUGGGCCGACGGCAAAAGUAGGAAAUAAUAGUUCACCACUAAUGCCUCAAAAUAAGAAUGUCGAUGAGAAGAAAACAAUAUUUGGACUAUUUUUUUCUAGAAAUAACGCUCAGCCGCUACCUGUCAGUAGAGUGUAAAAAGAUAAUAUAGAAGAUAUUUUUGUUAUUUAUUAUUGUUAAGACAAUUUGUGAUAUUAGAUGUAAUUAUUUUUAUAUACUUUUUAUAACUAACUUUUGGUAACAUAUUACUUAACUACA